ACUUUAACAGAGAGCGGGGCUUACGAACGUUUUAAUGGAUGUUGAGUCGCCAGAGUCCGAACAGUUGUUGGUCGAGGAAUACAAAAAUCAAGGAAACUCAUGUUAUAAACAAGGAAUGUACAAUGAAGCUAUAGCAUGGUAUACAAAAGGCAUAGAAAUCGAUAGUACCAAUGUGUUUCUGUACAAUAACCGCUCCGCAGCUUACCUGAUGAUUAAUAAACCUCUUGAUGCUUAUAAAGAUGCUAGCAGGUUUUGUUUUCAUUCAUUUCAGAUAAAUUACUUACUUGAUAGAAGUAUCAGUUUAGAUUCCCAGAAUGUAAAAUCUAUACUACGUUGCUUAAAAUGUUGUCUUAUUUUGGGUGAUUUAAAUGAAGCCAAACGUCUGUGUUCUAUGGUUAGACAGUUGGAACCAACUAAUAUGGAGUUUUCGUCAUUGCUGCAAAAAAUUGAAUUACUAUCAGAAACUCACCGAUCUUACGAAGAUAAAUUAUCCACAUCUGACUUCCGACACGCUCUUCAUUUAAUCACAAAGUGUAUUGAAUUAGCUCCAGCUUCACUGAGUUUCAACUUACAAAAGCUGAACAUCCUCAUUCAAUUAAAACGAUUCAGUGAAGCCAAGAUUUUAGUUGAAAACUUAUUGCAUUCCCAUUCGUCAUCAGUUGAUCUACUCUUUUAUCGAGGCCUGUGCCUGUACUAUUUGGAUCAUUUAGAUAAAGCAAUUGUUCAUUUUCAACAUGUUCUACGCCUUCAUCCAGAUCACAUAGAAACUCAGAAAGUGUACAAGCGUGCCAAAAAUCUUCUGAAAUAUAAAGAAGAAGGAAACACAUUUAUACAUGAUCACAAAUAUUCUCAAGCACUUGAGGCCUACACAAAAGCCUUGGAAGUGGAUCCUUCACACGAUAUGAUUAACGCUAAAUUGUAUUGUAACCGUGCUUGUGCUCUAUUUUACCUUGAUCGUUUCGAUGAAGCCCUAAACGAUUGUGAUAAUGCAAUUUCUUUGGAACCAAACUAUUUAAAGGCUCGAAUUCGACGAGCUAGGUGUUAUUCAUCUCUUGAAGAAUAUGAAAAAGCAGUUGAGGAAUGGACUGCAGUAGUAAAAUUAGACGGAUCACAAGAAAAUAAAAAAUCUUUACAAGCUGCUAAGUCUGCUCUUUCCGUGUCUCAACGUGAUUACUAUAAAAUACUUGGUUUGAAAAAGAAUGCCUCUUCCGAUGAUAUAAAACAAGCGUAUAGAAAAAGUGCACUUUUAUAUCAUCCAGUCCUUUUUUAGUGGAUACAACUCGUAAGAUUUUUUUGAAUGAAAGCAAGUAAUUAUUUAUUGCCUGUUUUCUUCAAAAUUUUUCUUGUUUCAAUACCCUGUUGACUUAGUUUUUUUUUCUUGCUAAGUUUAUCCAGUUUGUGCAAUUUCUGACCAGUUUUUAGUUUUCAAAUUGCUUACAUUUGGAUCGUGUACUCAAUAAAUUGGCUUAACUAAAAUGGUGAUACUAAAUAAUUUCAAAUAUAUAUUACUAAUUUUUACUGACAUUUUGUUCAAACUAAUUUCACUAAAACAAAGUAAGGCAGUUGACUUAUCUUCUAUACUCAAUGGACUUCGACGACAAUUGUAUGCGAUCACAUUCUUUACAUUAGCUGUUUAUGAAAAAGUCAAUUGAUAGCUAGAUAUUUGUUUGUCAACAAUUUUGCCUAUAUUUAGCGAUUUGAUGUGUUUUAAAGAAUCCUACAAAAUCGAUGAAAUAUAAUUAUAAAUAUCAAGGAAAUUUAUACUUAACAGCUUAGGAUUUGUCUGUUACAGAUAGAUUAACAAAAUAUAAACGCCUAUGGAAUCUUAACAAACAGCUUUAAGGCUAGUAAAUUUAAUAUCUUUCUAAUAAAGGAAUUUUUAAAUCUGGAAGAUCGAUUUGUGCAUUUAGAGAAUAAACACAAUUUACAAUCAUACAUAUAAAUAUCUUUAUAUUCACAUUACGUACAUCAUCUAUGUGGUUUUCUGUAAUUUACCGCUUGAUCUUAACUUAUUAUUACACUCAAGAUACCUUUAAAAAUAUCUGGUUAACACUUCAUUAUAUUUUUGUUUAACUUUCACUAGCAAACAAUAUAUAUUUAAAAUCCCUAUCUACUGAGAUUUAAAAUCUAUUAGCCUUUCAUGCUGUGAGAUUAUGGUAACUCAUCUAUUAACAAUUAGUUCUCAUCAUAGAAUAAAAACUAGAAGUAUUUCUAACUUAAUUAAUUUUAAUGUAACAUUUAUACUUUUAUUUCGAUAUUUUAUUUUUCCCAAUUAACGGUUAUCGAUUUGAUUUUAUCAUUAAUAAUGUACCUUGUUCUACAUUCUACUAACUCUAUGUAAUCUCUGUUUUGUAUAAUAUCAAUUCAUUAAUAUAUAAUAGUUGGAUUAUUCGCUAUUCUGUUUUAAAUAUCUUUAACAUCACCAGUUAGUUAGUGAUUGUUUCAGUUAAUCAUGUUAUAAAUUAAAGGUCAUAUUCUUUUUUUUCAAAACAAGUGAUAAGUUCAUUCUUUAACACUUAUAUCAAGGAUCCGAAUAAACUUAAUCAUAGUAUUGAAGGUGAAUGCUUUAUAAAGUUUAUUAUUGUUCGUAGUUUAAAGAACUUUUAUUAUGCCUUUCCUACGCAACAUUUAUAUGGACCAUGUGAUUAGGUUUCUAGGAUAGCUUGGUUAGAAAUAGAUUUUGGACUAGUUCGUCACAUGGCAUCUUCAUGACUCAGACCUUCCUGUGUAUGUCCCCCUUUUAGACGGUUCUAUGCAAUAUUUUGUCAUUAGAAAUCGUGAACAUCCGUAACUUAUAUCGCUACUUUUUCUACCGUUAGAUGCAUACAGCAACAUCACUUCAUAAACGAUACUGUUAUAAUCUCUUUCUUACGGUUAUGACCCAGCUAUUCCUAUUGCUUAGUAUUCUCGGACACCGGUUCACUCGACAAGUCCCCAAAUCAGAACAUGGUUGAACAGGAAAAAAGAUUAUAUUCCAAAUAACAAGGUUAGAUGGAAGUAAGAUGCAAGUAAGAAGCACAAUAGGAAAAACGUUAGUAUAUCUAUAGUUUUUACACGAGAAGAUUCUAGAGUGUUCUCCAAGUAUUGACUAGUGUUGAUUGGACAAGAAUUAGCCAAUCAGCGUGCACCAAAGCAAUCGUGCAUUGAGGAUGCUUUAAUCCAGUCUAUGUCCCGCUAACAGAUACUAAGGUUUAAUAAUGUUUACGGUAUUAAAACGGAUCCAAUAACUCAGAUUUUGUUAACUACUCUAAUCGCAUCUAUGGUAGAAAUGUCAUUGUUGUGAUUGACCAUUAGAUUCGCCUAGUAAGAAUUCAAAAUCUCCGUGUGUGAUUAUUUUCAUUCUCUAUGAUCAUUACGAUUGUCUCAUUUUCCAUUCAUUUUAUAUGGGAUCCGCGUGACUUUCGUAACCGAUGAUUGGAGACUCUUGGUGACAUGGCUCAGAAUCGAUCACAAUGGCGUCGAUGUAUACACUCCCUGUCUUCCCUUAAACUAAGAGAUUAAAAUCACUUCACAUCUUUCUUUUUACUAACUAAUUCUUUCCUCCUUUACUGUAUCCUUAUAUGCAAUCUUUCUCCUAUAUAUUACCACCUUUGACCUAACCAGUCCUAUGAAUCCGGUGUUCAUCUUGCUGUGCUAAUGAGGUAUGGCAACCUGGACCGAUGCAUAUAUGUGCCUGGUCCUACGUUGUAACUGACUGACUGAUUCAUUUUAUAUAUGCGUUAUUCCAUUUUGUCAUUUUACAUGUAACAUUUAAUGAUAACUGUAGCGAUUAAAAUUUUCCAUUCAUAUUUAUCAAAAUCAAUUAUUACUUAUAGAUUUAAAUGAAAACCCAUCAUAGUCACAAUCAUCAAAAUUCCAUUAGCUCUGUUAGCGGACAUUUUACACAUAUUUGAAAAGUUACACUUUUCGAACAUAACAGUUUGGUGAUUAAUUUAAUAUAUUAACCGACACAGCAUGGAUAAAUAAUGAAUUCAUUGACAUCCCUUUCUUUUCGUAUACAAUUCUAGAUCGUCAUACAAGUGCCGAUGAAGCUACUGUAAAAGAAAAGGAACGGAAGUUUAAAGAGAUUGGAGAAGCUUACAGUAUAUUAUCAGAUCCUGUAAAACGUCGUCAAUAUGAUAAUGGUGAACUGUCGGGAGAUGAUGCUUUUGGUCAAGGAAAUGUAUCCGCUCACAAUUUGUUUACUCAAGUCUUUCCUGGAUUUGGAACAUCUACAGUACAUUUUUAUUUUGGUUAAUAUUUCACACAUUGGUAUAUACAAUUAGUGCCGGAGUUAGUAUACAUCAGGUUGUAAUUGUAAUAAACCUUCCUCUCUGUUUAUGUACAAAAAUUGGGCGACGAAAUAUAUAUUGUUUAUUUAUCAGAUAUCUUUGUGGUUAAUACUUUGACACAUAGAUGUUGAUAUCAAUGAUUAAUAUAAUGUCGAAAAUGAUUCACCGGGUAUAUUAUUUAAUUUUAAAUGUUCUUUUAAUUCAUACAUUAUGAAUGCAUAUUUAAUGUGCAUAUACAUAUAUGUAUAUUAGAAGUUUUUCGCGCUAAUAUUAAUGAAAUGAAUGAAAUAGUCAUUUUCAAUUGUAUUGUCAAAUUGGUUAGUGUUCGUUUUUUCUUUUAAAAAUGAUUUUCAAUGAUAAUGUGAUUAACUUAAUGCUGUUAAAAUGAUUUUACUCGUUUU